AUGGAGAAUUGUGACAGUUCUCCUGCCCCUAGCAAAGUGUCCUACGACCCUGGAUGGAAUGAUCCACCCAGUUUUGCAUAUAAUGCACAAAGUACAGCACCUAAUAGACCGCGAAAUAUUCUAAACAAAAGGGUUGCUUUUCCAUUAUCAGGAAAUGCUACGAAUUCGAUGCCACCACCAUCCAUAAACUUACCUCCUAUGCCAUCUACAUUAGAACUACAAACUCCCAUACAAAAUAUUGUACCAGAAACAAAAUCUGAAGAACAUAUUGAAUUGGAUAGUGAAAGUACACUGAAAGAAGUGAAGGACAUAUUAUUACAGUUACUGGAAUCAAGCAGUGAAUUAGGACCUAAAUCUGAAAGUAUUAAAAAGAAAAUAACCACAAUGGAAGAUAUGUGGCGGAAUGAUAAAUUAACUAAAAUAGUUCAGUUACGGAUGAGAGAGUUAGCUUAUGCACUUAGGGAUGACACUCCUAAAAAAGCUGACGACAUCCAUAAAGCAUUAAUGGUGGAUCAUGUGAGUGCUGUUUGUAGCUGGAUGCCAGGAGUCAAACAGCUUAUCUACCAUUGUAUUGCUCGCUCGGAACUAUUGGCUAUUGAUAAGGAAUAA